CUAUUAUUUUGUUAUUAUAAAUUAGAAUUGAAUAAGUCGAAUAAGGUAGUUGCAAAACGGUGAAUCUAUAAUUAUUAUAUUUUUAGUAACCGUCCAUUUUACAAUGGGGAGAAAAUAUCCCAAAAUGAUUAUUGAUGGGUUUGAAUUCAAGUUGUAUCGUCACACCAAGACUUCUAGCCUUUGGGUUUGUACUCGAGAAAGAUACAAAUGCAAAGUAAGGUUAGUUACCACAGGAAAACAGGUUCAUAUGAAAUCCAUCUCUCAUAAUCAUGAGAGAAAUUUUGAAGGUAGUUACGAUGGUUUGGCAUCACAAAGGGUUACUAUGUUUUAUCGUGACGAUAAGUUGCAUCUUGUUAAUAAAAUAUGUCUGGAAAAUCAAUAAAUAGAGAAAAUUUAAAAACUUCUUUAUUUUUUCACCCUAGAGCUAUCCGGUUUCCUUCCUAAUAAUAUUAUUGUACGACUAAAUUUAAUUUUAAAUAACAUAUUUUUAGCAACUAUUUAUUUCACAUUUGGGAGAAAACACCCGAUAAUGAUUAUAGAUGGUUUUGAGUUCAAAUUAGAUCGUCGCACCCAAAAUUCUAGCCUUUGGGUUUGUACUCAACAUAGUAGAUGUAGAUGCAAAGUCAGGCUGAUAUCUACAGGGAAGGAAAUUCACAUGAAAUUUAUAUCACAUAACCAUGAGAGAAACUUCAAGGGCAGCUAUGGAAAUUUGACAUCACAGAAAAUUACUGUAAUCUAUCGAGAGAGAUUACAAUUGGUUAAUUGAAUAGUAAGGCAAGAUUUUACUGGAUUUUUG